AUGAGCAGCAAGAAAAAGAAACGCAGUCGCGACGACGACGAUGACUAUGGCAAGAAAAAGUCAGUGGUGGAUUAUUCCAAAGUGGCCAGUCGUCCAGCAGCUCCGUCGCGUCGUCAGGGCGGUGCCGAAGCGGCUCAUCCCGCGGUGCAACAGGCACAAGCGGCGCAGUCACAGCAACAACAGAAACUAUCGUCUCAAAUGGAAGCGGUCGUAAGACUCAUGGCGGGCAAGGAAGAACGAACCAUUGCCGAAAAAUUGGCCGACAGCAAUCGUCCGACAUGGGAACAGUACAAGAAGGACAAUGAAGACAAACUCAAUUUGGAUGGAUUGGAUCAAAAGAAAAUGGAAGAAUAUCGACAGGAACUGGACAAGGAACGAGAUAAAAUUUUGAGUCGAGGGGUCAAUCAUGGUGGGAAAAAGAAAAAACACAAGAAACGAAAGUCGUCGUCUUCUUCUAGCGAGGAUGAUUCCGAUAGUGAGGAUGACGAUCGAAGAAAGAAACGAAAAAAGAAACACAAGAAAAAGAAAGAUCGAAAGAAGCGAAAACAUAAGAAGGAUGACGAUGACGACAAUGAUUCGGAUGAUGCCACAGAUUCCGAUGAGAGCAGUAGGAAACGAAAGAAAAAGAGCAAAAAGAAGAAGAAGAAGCGCAAAAAAGACGACAAUAGUGGAGAAGAUAGUGAUGGAAGUCACUAUCGACUCAGCAAAUUCUUUACAGCAGGAUCUGAUGAUGAUGAUGGUUGA